GCCUGGAGGCAUCCGCUGUCGCGUCCGCCUUUCACCCGACGGUUGACCAGGCUGCCGGAGAUGCCGCUUGGCGGCAGCUCAACGAGGCGCUGUCCGUGGGGGCGAGCUCCGGCGUGCAGGUCGACUUCGGCAGCCGCGUGGGGAGGGUGCGGUAUUUCUACCGGCACGUGCCCGUCCGCUGCUGGCAUGUGCCGCACGUGCUGCUAUCUGGUGACCCGCUUGCCCGACGAGUCCUUCCCCGACCGCGGGUCUGUGCUACCCGGUGGUCGACCGCGGCAGCCCCGGCGGCGGCGGGGCGAGCGGGGCGCCGCCCUGCAGGGUCGCCAGCCUCGGAGGGGGGCCCGGCUUCGACGCCCUCGGCCUCGCCCUGCUGGCGGCCAUGGAGCACCUGCGCGUGCGCUUCGAGGUGACCAGCUACGACUUCGAAGAGGGCUGGGAGGAGAUUGUGCGGGCGGUCGACGCCGACAUCUGCUCGGCCCUGGGGCACGCCGCCCGCUUCGGGAGGUGCGACAUCACCGAGGGCCUCUUCUCUCCAGGGUGCAACGCCGAACUGGCGGCGGCGGCCGGCUCGUUCGACCUCUUCGUCGCCGCGUACGUCGUCGCGGAGAACGCCCGGGGGCUGGAGGCCACGGGCUGCGCCUUCUUCUGCGAGCUCUUCGCGUCGGCGCGGCCCGGCGCGGCCUUCCUCUUCUUGGACGCCACGCACCGCCAGUGGCCGCGCCUGGUCGCGCUCGCGCAGGGCCUCGGCGACUUCGAGGUGAGCCUGCCGCGGGCCGAGCCGGGCCAGGGCCGCGGGUUCCCGAGGCACGCGCUGCUCCUCCGCAAGGGGCGCGCCCCUGGCCGCCAGCCGCGGCGCGGCGGGGGCGCGCCGCAG